AUGCAAGACGUACAAACAAUCAUAUUUGUCUGUUAUAAUUUGCCGCCGUCAGAUCUUCUUGCGAUGGUAUGCGUGUGUAAAUAUUUCAAAAAUAUUUUAGACGAAAGUAUCAAUCCAUUAGCGAAAGAAAUUUGGAGAAAUUCUAGAAUCAGUUUUACAAUUUUUCAAAAUAAGGAGCCACCCUCAGGAAUGAGCCAACAAAAUUUUGCGAGGCUAUUAACAUUUGAAAAGGGCUGUCAAUUUUGUAAAACCAAAGAGAAACCGUUAACAAUUUAUUGGAUUCCUGGUGUUCGCUCUUGCAGUGAUUGUAUGUUCCCAAAAACUUCUAGUUUUGAUAUACUCAGGCCAAUUUUUAUGAUCGAUGAUGAAAUUCUUGGACUUAUUGUACCAGUAACACCAAGCAUAGAUUUAUCAGAAUCUCCACAUUAUUGGAACGAUCAUGUUAAGAAUACUAUCGCGUUUUUUAUGAAUGCUGAUGAUAAUAAGCGACGCGCGUUAAAUAGCUUAAGAGAAUAUGUCAGAACGAAAUAUAAUGAAGCUCAAAAUUAUGCAAAAUGGAUGUUUAAUUUACGUAAAAUCUACCUUUUAGGACUUUUUUCAAGAAUUCACGGUGAAAUCAGCGAUGAAACUUUAUUCAAGAUGCGAGAAUAUUAUGAAUACAGAAAUUUGAAGAUUGAAAUCAAAUAUAAUCCUUUUUUAGUACAGGAUUGGCAGCAAUAUAAAUCAAGAAUUUUACAAAUCGCCCAAGGAAUUGAUAUGAAUCCCGCAAACACAAAUUUUCCUUCUACACUGGUUCCACCAUCAGAGAAUAUUCAAAAACAAAAAAUGAUUGUUAAACGUCUAAAGAAAUUAACAUAUGGUUCAGAGGGAAGAUCACUGCGUCGAGUUCUAAGCAUUCGACACAUACUAUAUAAAUAUUUGCCAAUAUGUCCAAGUUUCGUAAAUCCACCGGGCCGCAACAAAUGCCAAAAAUUUUUCGAAUGCAAACUUCUACCAGUUCUCAUAGAAGAAGCUAACCAACUUUACGCAGCUAGGGCUGUCCCUCCACCAUAUUUUCUUAAAGUAGAUGGUGCUUUAAAGGUUGGCAGCCUUCGAAGGCAUCCAGUCUUUGAAUGUCGUCUUUGUAGCGCAUUUGCCCCGAGUGAUGUCAAGAAAAUUAGAGACCAUUUUAAAUAUUAUCACAAUUAUGAAGAUAAUGUUUAUACUGUACUUUUUUUAGCGAAG